UCAAAUAUUUUAGCGUACUUAUGGAUUUGAACCAUUCUAUCAAUUUCUCAUCUUCUUCGAGCACUUCUUCCCCAGUCGAUGAUUUCAUGCCAUUGGAUUCUUUCAUGCUGCCCGAUUGCGACCCUCAUCUUUCUACCAAAGAGGAGGAAGAUCAUGAGGCGAGACGCUCUAGUUUUACUCAACUGCAGAAGGAAAAUAUAGAUCUAUUUUGGAAUCAACAGUUGUUCGAGAUUCAAAAUACACCAGUGAGGAAAACCCAUCACGAAUUUCCUAUUGCAAGGGUAAAACGAAUAAUGAAAUCAGAUGGAAAAGUUAAGUUGAUUAGCUCGGAGACUCCCAUCUUGUUCUCCAAAGCAUGUGAGCUUUUCAUCAUGGAGCUCACACUUCGUUCAUGGUUGCACACCGAAGAAAGCAAGAGGCGUACACUUCAGCAUUGUGACAUAUCCAGGGCUCUUCGGAAUGAUCAACUUCUUGACUUCUUGGUGUCUUUGGGAUUUUCAAUCUCGAAUUCGUGA